CCUUAGUUUUUACCUUGAUGCUGUCAAAUAACGAGUGUAACAUACUGCACUGUUUAGUUUACUAAACUUGAGUUUUGUUUUUACCCUAUCAGUAGUUUUAUGAAACGACUUCUUAAAAUAUUUAAAGGACACAUUUUCUUCUAGCCAAGGAGUCAGACUUGGAGAUUUACAAGAACUUCCGCGUACAAUAUCGAGAUUUUGCCCACAAAUAUGGCAUCAAAGUUAAGUAUAGACCACGAGGCAAUACCAGUUACUGCUUUAAACUGCAGCUUCCGAAAGAAACUUGGAUUGUAUCUGAACCCAACAAACACGGUGGCGUCAGACUGGAGGACAAUCGCCGAAAUGAUGGAGUUUACUUACCUGGAGAUAAAAAAUUUCGAGAAAAGAGAUUGUCCACUUGAAAAGGUUUUAACGGAAUGGGAAACUCGUCCGGAUGCCACAGUAGCAAAUUUACUGUCAAUUUUGGAAAAAGCGGAAAGAAAAGAUGUUACAACCGACUUAAAAGACAUUAUAGAUGACGACUGCAAGAAGUAUUUAGAAAGACAACUAAGGAAACCUGUGCAGGUCCCGGUGGUGGAUAGUUGCGGGCCCCGCACCCAGGAACGAGAAGGCAUUACACUGUAUGAUGAUCCUCAAGGUGUAACACCGGAGACCUUUGAUGCUUUUAUCUGCUAUUGUCAGAGUGACUUCCAGUUUGUUCAUGAGAUGAUCAAACAGUUAGAACAGACCGAGUGCAACCUGAAGUUGUGUGUGUUUGACAGAGAUGUCCUUCCUGGUACAUGUGUGUGGACUAUCACGAGUGAACUCAUAGAAAAAAGAUGUAAAAGAAUGGUGGUUGUUAUUUCUGAUGACUAUCUAGACAGCGACGCAUGUGACUUUCAGACAAAGUUUGCACUCAGCCUUUGUCCAGGGGCCCGCUCCAAACGUCUGAUCCCUGUCGUCUACAAAUCAAUGAAGAGGCCUUUCCCAAGCAUUCUCCGUUUUCUGACCAUUUGUGAUUACACCAGACCUUGCACACAGGUCUGGUUCUGGACACGACUGGCCAAGGCGCUCUCACUCCCCUAAACAUUUCCACAGAAAAUAUUAUGCCUUUGCUCUGUAGUCAUCACUCAGUAAAGCACACUGUUCUCAAUGAAGGAAGAAGGGAAAAUACCACAUUGUGAUUUUUUCACGUGGGAGAGUUUCUUAAGUUAAAUAGUGGGUCCACUUUUUGAACGUUUCAAUAAAGGUACUUUUUAUGGUAUUUACAAAAGGUGUUUUUACCCUAUUUAAAAGGUCUCUCAAUCUCUCCCAGAGCAGAUCCCUGAGAAUGGGGCUGUUUGGAGACAUGCUUACUCAUUCAGUUUUAUUCAGUUGUCCUUGUACAGUAUUCUAUGUUUUGAAGCUGUAAUAACAGUUUUUUUUUGCAAUGUGCAAACUUGCAUUGUCUUUUGUUAAAAAAUGUGCAUGCCAAAUGUUUUUUUCUUGAGUAUUUUACAUGUGUAAACUGAAUAUACUGUACAUAAUCAGCAUGUUCUCUUUAAAAUGCAAAAUGUUGUUUUCUGUAAUGUUGUGUUCAAUCUGUCUUUCACACCGGGAAUGUUUUGUGUUAUAAAAUAUUGCUAUAUUAUAGUAUAUACAUUAUUGCCAAAUAUAUUUAAUUUGAUUUAGCAUUACUGAAUGUCUUAUAUUGGUUACAUAAUCAUUUUAACUUCUAAAACAUGGUUCUAACUUUUAACAUUUUUAAUAUCUGAUUUCCCCCGGUCAGCACAAUUUCUUCGGCACCAAGUAGAUAGUGGCUUUUGAUAUGUCAGAGGCGAUGAUUUCCUGUAAUCUAAUGUAUGAAUGUAUGAACUUUUUUUUAGUAUUAAAUCCAUUUUAAAGAAUUUA